GCCCGCGAUAGAAGGAAAACGAAGUUCUAUUUGACACCGCCUUGAAAACGAGGAAAAGAACACGUACGACCGCUGAAAUCUUUCGCCGCAUAAAAUUAACAUAGCAGCGUACUGAGGUACAUACAGAACGUCGAGUUAACCUUGCAAAGGCGUGCUGCAAGGCCACUACUAUACUGCCGCAAGGUGACGCGACGUUCGCAUCAACGCGUGUUCUUUUCGGCCAGCUGUCAAACCGGCCGAAGAUCCACCCCUUCUCCACGAAGCCUGCUCUCAAGUGGCGCCCUCAAGUCUGUCCUCAAGUGGCACCCUCAAGUCUGCCCUCAAGUCUGCCCUCAAGUGGCGCCCCCCCCCCCCCCCCCCACUGGCUGUGGCCGAGCCUGACAGCAAGCAAGCAAGCGAGCGAGCGCAGUCCCGUCUCCCCCCCCCCCCCUCCCCCAAGAAAAAAAAAGGCCUCGCGAUGCCGAUGGACGAGCGCCUGGUGGCCUCCAUGUCGGCCUUCUGGCUGGGCGUGGCCGUGCUGUCGCCGUGCUUCGUGCCACGCAGCGAGAACCGCGGGGUCAUCCGCUGCAUGCUGGUGUGCAGCGCCGCGUGCCUCUACCUCAGCUGGCUGUGCACCUACCUGGCGCAGAUCAACCCGCUCGUGGGUCCCGCGCUGCCCAAGCCCGCGCUGCUCCUGCUCGACCAGUACUGGACGCCCAGGGACAACCAGAGCGCGCCGCCGUAAACCGGCCAGCACCAGUCCCCACACAUAUACAUACGUAGUGUAAGCUCGCCACACGCGCGCUAUUAAAGCACCUAUGCGGGCGGGAGACUGUAGCUCCGAGCACCGGUCUUCCCUUCUUUGACCUACGGUGUAAGAACAGGCCGACUUAGUGCGCAACGUUUCGACUGUUAAACUCCACGCAUGACGUUUAUGAACUCUCGUUUUCUUUCUUUUUUUUUCUUUUGCGUUAAAUGAAGGUCUUCGAGCGCGAAACCGUAGAGGCAAUACUGACGAGCCCCAGUGCGCCAUGAAAGUAAGCUAUUGCAAUAGCUGUCAUACCAA